AUUUGUUUUUGUUGACAUGACAUUUAGUUGUCAGAUGUUUUAUUAUCAGAACAGUUGCGAUUGUUAUUCGCUAUUUAUUAUUAGAAAUAUAAUGUUCCUUAGUAUUUAGCAUUAGUUUUCUCCACAACUCAACAAAAAUGGCAUCUGUGAAAGUUGCUGUUAGGGUUAGACCCUUCAAUCAAAGGGAAUUAGAUAUGGAUGCUAAAUUAAUUAUACAAAUGAAAGGUAAAAAAACUGGCAUACUAAAUUGCAAGGCAAAUGCUAGAGAUGAGAACAUUAGGUAUAAGGAGUUUACGUUUGAUUAUUCCUAUUGGUCUCACAGCUCGGACUCGAACGAGUUUGCUUCUCAGGAGAUGGUUUACAAUGAUCUCGGAACUGAAGUUGUCGAAUGCGCAUUUCAGGGAUAUAAUGCCUGUGUGUUUGCUUAUGGACAGACGGGUAGCGGGAAAACGUUUACGAUGAUGGGAUCUCCGGAUAACCAAGGUUUAAUACCCAGAAUAUGUAAGGCUCUGUUUGAGCGUAUGUCGGCUGACUCUAAGAAAGGGACGACACAUCGUGUGCAUGUUAGUUACUUGGAAAUUUAUCAGGAGAGAGUUGCCGAUUUACUAAGAGGGCGUGAUGGGUCUUCCUUGCGUGUACGCGAACAUCCAAAAAGGGGUCCCUAUGUGGAAGGCCUUACGACUUGCCUCGUGACCAACUACGGCCAUAUUCAAGAGUGUAUGAACAGAGGUAAUUCUCAUCGAACUACCGCAGCUACAAAUAUGAAUGAUGUCAGUAGUCGUAGCCACGCCAUUUUCACAAUUACAUUUGUGCAGGCCGGUUAUUGUAACGGAAUUCCAAGCGAGACAGUUUCAAAGAUACAUCUGGUUGACUUGGCUGGCAGUGAAAGGGCGGAUGCCACUGGAGCUACCGGUGAACGUCUCAAAGAAGGGGCUCACAUAAACAAGUCGUUGGUCACCUUGGGUUCUGUAAUCUCGGGCUUAGCCGAAUUGUCUGUUGAAAUGAAUGGCCAUCGGAAAUCGCUCUUUGUUCCAUACAGGGAUUCCGUACUUACUUGGCUUUUAAAAGACAGUUUAGGUGGCAACUCUAAAACAAUUAUGAUUGCAGCUAUUAGUCCUGCGGAUUGUAAUUACGGCGAAACCUUAAGUACACUUAGAUACGCAAAUCGUGCGAAGAAUAUUAUUAAUAAACCGACAGUUAAUGAAGAUCCCAAUGUUAAACUCAUUCGUGAACUACGCGAUGAGAUCAGUAAACUUCGAGCGCUUAUGUUCAGCGAACAGAGGGCGGAUAUGCUGGCCGAAAUUCAUGAGAAGGAAGCGCGCGAGAAAGAGUUGACUGAGGAGUGGACGAGUAAGUGGAGGGAGGCACACGCGAUUUUGCGCGAACAGAAAGCUUUGGGGUUGCGUAAGGCAGGUCCGGGUGUCGUGCUUGACUCCGACAAGCCCCAUCUAGUUGCAAUCGAUGAUGAUCCUCUAAGUACAGGUGUUACCUUGUACCAAUUGAAGGAGGGUGAAACUACUAUAGGAACUGAUGAAUCUAACAUUAACCAAGAUAUUGUCUUGAAAGGUCCCGGAAUGGAGCCUCAACAUUGCAGUAUUAUUUUAGAGAAAGGAAACGCGACCUUAUUCCCAAAACCAAAUGCGCAAAUCUGGUUGAAUAGCAACUUGAUAGAAUCUCCCGCUCGACUGACACAGGGGUGUAUAAUCUUUUUAGGCAGAGCUCAUGUAUUUAGAUUUAACAAUCCUGCUGAGGCGGCGGAGCUUCGAAAAGGUGAACGUUCCUUAAAUUUAACGAGGAUGAGCCUUUUAAGUUGGUCAACUCCGGACUUGGGAGGCUCCUGCGAAAAUCUACAGCCUGGUGAUGAAGUUGAGCGACACGAUAUAGAAAAUCAAAGGAUAAACUUAGCCAAAGAAAAGGAAGAUUUUGAGAAAGAGCAAGAGGCUUUCGAAAAACGAAGGAAAACGCUAGAGGAGGCGCAAUUGAGGCUGGAAAUCGAAAGGCGUAAUAUGGCAAAGGAACAUGCAGCUCAGACUCGACAGCUAGAGGAGGACUGGCGAAACUUGGCUGCACAGCAACAAAAACGGGAACUGGAAUUGGAAGAAAAAGAGCAAGAGCUGAUAUUUAAAAGGGAAGAACUUGAGAAAGAGAGAGCCAGGCUGCUUGGGCAGAUAGGGAAGGAAACUCAGGUGCUGACUGAAAAGCAGAAAACUUUAAAUCAUCUCUUAGUGAAGACAAGUUUACUUAUAAAGUCAUGCAUCAAUGAAAUCACUUUCCCUGACUCUCAUAGUAAAGCACUCUUUAAGGAUUUAGUGGAUAAAUCAAUGGUAGGUGCUUUAUCUUUCGAGGAGUCCAAUCGUUUAGUUUCCCUUCUAAACGAAGUAACCGCACAUUCAGAAAUACAGGAAUUGGUUAAUCAUCACAGACAGGAGUUGACACGGUUACAAACCGAAAUAGAACGACGCAUGCAGAUUCUUGCAGAUCGUCGCGAGGCCGUCGAGAACCUCGAUAAAAAAAUUAUCGGUCUAGUCGAACAGCAACUGGAGACGACGAGCAGUUCAAACGUUGAAGAGUUGAAGGAUCUCAAGUUGACUUUGGCGCGACGAACGCAGGAGGAAUUGCAGGAGAUCGAACAGCGGAAGCAAUCAUUGACGUUGAAUUUAAAGCGGGUGAAUUCGGCUCAAAGCCCAGACUCUUGCGAGGUGAACUGUAGCAGUAGUUUGGAAAGGACGACGUUAAGUAGCGAUACAUAUCAUACUGCCACAAGUGCUUGUUCGACUCAUUUGUUAAGUGUGGGAGGGAUAGAACAGCUUAUGAGUGAUAGUGGAGUGGAACUGAGACCGUCGCCCCAACUUCAAGAAGAGAGUGAUAUUUCCAGUCUAGAUGAUAUGAAGGGAGUUGCUAGUGAUUCCCAAUCGACUACGAGCUCUACAGAAAAUUGUCACAAUGUAAGUCGUAGGCGUAGAAAAGAUCACGAGCAGAUGAGAAGACUGUCCCAACAAAUCCAACAGCAGAAACAACUCAUCAUGCGUUGCCUAGAUUCAGACUCGCCAAAAGCAUAUUUGAAUGCACAAAUUGCUAACCUGCAAGAACUCCAAAAGCAGUAUAUGGCGUUUAAAACGGGAUCCCCUCUGAUACUAUCUCCCACAAGUGAACAUCCGUUACAAAAUUUAGAAAGCCCAAUUAGUCCAGUAAGACCGGCACACCGAGGAUCUACCUCUGCCCUGUACUCACCUACGUUGCAAAACAAUCAGUUGUCGCCGCUAUCGAACUACAACAUGUACAGGUCGAUGCCUUCAAUUCCUCAAGUCAGCGACACCGAAUCACUUAUAUCAAUUACGGGUUAUUUUCUACGAGGUGCUGGGAAACGAACUCAUUACGAGUACGAAGUCCGGAUAACGACAGCGUACAGGGAAUGGUGGAGUGUGUUACGGCGCUACAGUCGUUUCCGUGAUUUGCAUAUAUCAAUGAAAUCCAGAUAUGGAGAGAAGGUGGCCCAAAUUCCCUUUCCACCAAGGCAGUUAUUUGCAAAUUCAGAGCACGUGGCACAGUCUAGAAGACGGCAGUUAGAAACUUACCUAAGGAGACUAAUAGAAGUUUGUAAAUCUCAUCCAUCCUGUUGUUUAGCAUAUGGAAACACAAUUAGUAAAGUAGACUUAAUUAAUUUUUCGUCGUUCUUUAGUAAAGGGGUAUUUGAAAAUGGCAAAUACGGAACUAGCUAAAAUCGGUAGAAAAUUAGUGUGAUUUUUGCUUUAAUAUGUAUUGGGUGGGUAAAUUAAGACUGCACCGUUUAUUUACGAUAAUUAUUUCUAAAGGAAAUGCAGGGAUUUUGUCAGUAUCUUUUUUGUCAAUUAAAUUGGAAAAUAUUCCCGGAUCAUCACAUAAAUAAUUCCAAUUUUGUGAUAGUAUACCGAUCAAAUUGCAUUAUAUUUAAGUUUUAUAGUAAUUAAGAGUUGUAUAAAGUAGCUUGUGACUUGAAUGUUCAAAACAUGCAAAAUCUGUAUAUUAAUUAAGUACAACAUUGUUGUGUACCUGACUGCUUUCAUUCAUUUUAUUAAUAGACGCCUUUUGCUGUGAAAGUAAUUCAAUUAUGUGAUAUUGUAAAUGCAGUGCAUUACGCGAAAAGUGAUUAUUGUAUCAAUUGCAAGUUGUAAAUCGGUUUUGUGCAAUAUUCAGAAUUGUUUCGAGAUUUACACAAAAAGCGAAUUUAUUUUAGUAUUUUUCUGUCAAUUGUACAUUUUAUAUUUUAUGUAGGUUUUGUAUAUAAGAGUUCAUACAUUAAC